UUUCAGUUUUCAGUUUUCAUCAGUCAGUUUUCGCAGAAAUCGGAGGUUUCGGAGUUGAAAUUCGAAAGCUGUGGGUGGUAGCACGAAGUUCUUUGUUUUUGUUGAUUAUUUUCUGUUUUACUUACUUUUAUUGUGAUUCGAUUAACGAGACAUAUUUUAAUCGACAUCUCAGUAAUCAUAUUAUCUGUAGUGCAAUUUACUAACAGGGACAUUUAUUUUUUUAUUUUAAUGUCUGUAAUGGCGUCAUUCGAAUUUAUUUGAGGAACAACUAUUAGGACAAAAAACUAGUGAAAUUGCAUUGUUAACAAUUAAUUCUUGUUUUUUGUUGGACAAUCGUAGUGAUUGUGAAAAAUGGCAGCAACAAAAGCCACUAGUAGUGCUCUGCGUGCUUUGGCAGUGGAAUAUAAGAGUCUUCUGGAGGAGCCAGUGGAAGGGUUUCGUGUGAAAUUGGUGAAUGAGGACAAUUUAUUUGAAUGGGAGGUCGCUAUUUUUGGCCCCCCUGACACAUUAUAUAUGGGAGGUUGCUUUAAGGCGAGAAUGAGAUUUCCUUCAGAUUAUCCUUAUUCACCUCCAUCCAUAAGGUUUUUAUCAAAAGUAUGGCAUCCAAAUGUGUAUGAGAAUGGAGACCUGUGUAUCAGUAUCUUACACCCUCCGGUAGACGAUCCCCAAUCAGGCGAGUUGCCCUGCGAGCGUUGGAACCCUACCCAGAACGUCCGUACCAUCCUGCUCUCAGUCAUUUCGCUGCUCAACGAACCGAACACCUUCAGCCCGGCCAACGUCGACGCCUCUGUUAUGUACCGACGCUGGCGGGACUCCAAAGGCAGGGACAAGGAAUACGAAAAUAUCAUAAGAAAGCAGGCAAUGGCCGCAAGAGCCGAAGCUGAGAGAGAUGGAAUCCAAGUACCGCUCACGCUAGAAGAUUAUUGCAUAAAAACACAGGUAAAACCAAGCAAUUCCGAGUCCCAAGUGGAAAUGACAGAUUUCUACGACGACGACUACGAUGAAGACUACGAUGACGUGUCCGAUGGAUCCGAAUACGCCGACGAAGACGACAAUGACAGCGGUAACGGGGAGUCGUGAUAACGUCGUAAUAUAGAUGGCGCUUGUACAUUACUUCACUUUCUUAAUGGCGGAAUAACCAGAAAUAGCAUGAGCUCAGUUUUCAAUUCACUCGCACUUUGGUGGUCUAAUAAGACUUGCGCCUACUAAAAAUUUUGAUGAUAAUCAAUAUUUUAUGUAGAAUCCCGGCAAUUCAAGUCUGUCAAGUUACAUUUGAUUUUUGUAAAUGUUUUUAGUCUAUUUCAUAGUAUCUGAGUUUAUUUGCCUGACUCCAUACUCCAACGUUUCUGAUUUUAUACUAUUUUUUACAUAAUUUUUUUAUUUCUGUUAAUGAUUUAUUGAUCUAUACCGGUGUUAUAUAGAUUUAAAUUUUCAGUUUAUUUAUUUGAAAUGCCAUUUCUGGUUAUUCAGCAAUUUUUCCUUUUUUUAAUUUAUUUUUUGGGACUAAAAUUGUUUUUUUAUUCUUCUAUGUCUUUUUUUGUAGGGAUCUUGAAAAAAAUAUAUAUUUUUUAAAUAUUGGCUGUCAAAAUAUGGGAGCGUAUUUUCUCUCUAAUAAAAACUGGAAAUCAAAUAUAUUUUAUUUAAUGUUAUAUAUUAAUUGAAUUAUUGAAUUAUUUACCUUAUGCUUGAGGGACGGUGCAAUAAAUUGCAGCAAAUAUUCUAGGUUCAUUUAUUUAUUUUAUUUAUUUCGCUUUUUAGUAUUUUAUUGUUUUUACUUGAAUUCCUUAUCUUUAAUCCUGAAAAAUAAAAUAACGAAGGAUAAAAUAUGCUAAAAAAUACCAUUUUAGAAGACAAUGCUAAAUAGAGGAACAAAAGAUAAAAGAACUUUUAAUAUAAAGGUAUCUUUUAAUUAAUCGAUCUCAAACCAUACGAUUAGUUUAUCUGUACAUAUUUUGAAUUACUGAUCCAUGAUCAGUACCAUCAGUUAAAAUAAAACAAACAAAUACUUGAUGUGUUUAACACUUUAGUUUAUAGCUCUGGUUAUAAAACAAAUUCAACUGUAUAUAAGAUUUCAUAUAAUAUUUUGUGUAUUUAUUUAGAUAUAUCAUAGAUAAGUGUUUCCUGAGCUCGAAGGAUGUCCUGAUUGUUCGGAUGGCAACGUCUUGUUAUUUUUUUAUUGUGAAUGUUAAUUUACGAAUUAAUUUGGACUAACAUUCACACAAAUAAAACUGAUGUGAUUUUUCAACUAAAUAUAGGGAUAAAGAUGUUCUGGAAAACUGCUGUAUAAUAAAAUAGAGUAUAAAUAAAUACGUCGGGGAAUAACCCCAAAAAAAGUCGAUGUUGAAAUGUAUGGGAGAGUUAAUAAUAUUGUCGUAUAAUAGAAUUACUUAUGUGUAGCUUUAGUCUUGCUUUUUAACGGUCAAAUUGAGUUUGUACUACUUUAGUAUAAGAAUUUGAAUAAAUGUUUGAAAUAU